AUGAGUCGAUGGUCAGUUGGCUCUGCACCUGGGAGCGUGAAACCGGUGUACGGUGCUCGUUAUCCUCCACUACAACACGACGUACCGUUGUGUCCGGAUGCAUGGGAUACUCGUGUCCUCGUCGAUGAUGCCCUUGCGUCAGCAUCUGCUGCUCGCGUACUUGCAGCUCAUGCAGCUGGAAAAACCAGAGAAGAGGUGAUAAUGCCUCCUGUCAACCCGGCUCCAACAAAAAAUGGACGCGUUCAAGCAUUACAGCGACUUGCGAUUCAGAAAGAUCCCUUGCCUUCUACAAUUACCAGUGCGCCUGUACAAAAUCCAAAUCCUAUCUAUCCAAAACUACCGGAGAUAUCUGGUGAUCAAGUCCGUAUAACGGUCGCUGCGGUGAAUGGAUCACAACCAGGCGGUGAGCGCGAUCAGACCAGAUUUGAACGCCUUCGUCGUCUGUUUUCGGCAGGAAAGUCGAACGGGAGAAACUCUCCUCCAGCUGAUAUUGAUAUGGAAAAGUUAAGAAAGGAUUGCUGGAUGGGAAUUCCUCACAAACUGCGUCCCCAUGCAUGGCGUCUGCUUUCGGGAUAUCUUCCUACUAAUUAUGAGCGACGCGAAGCCACCCUGGCGAGUAAAAGAGAGCAGUACUGGCACUACGUCGAGCAAUACUUCCACCAAAGAUUUGAUGACCAAAAUAACGAUACAUUCAGACAGAUCCAUAUUGACAUACCGCGAAUGUGUCCGUUAAUUCCACUCUUCCAGCAAAAAUUGGUGCAAGAGAUGUUUGAAAGAAUAUUGUAUAUUUGGGCGAUCCGACAUCCCGGUAGCGGUUAUGUGCAAGGAAUAAAUGAUCUAGUCACCCCGUUUUUUGUGGUGUUCAUAUCAGAAUUCAUUCCACAGGACGUGGGAUCAUUUGAUGUUUCCCAACUUACACGUGAACAGUGCGAAUUGGUGGAGGCGGAUUCAUUUUGGUGUGCUUCGGCAUUACUUGAUUCAAUUCAUGAUAACUACACAUUCGCUCAGCCUGGCAUCCAGCGGAAGGUUCUGCAACUCAAGCAUCUUAUGAGCAGAGUUGAUCGACCUCUACAUCUGCACUUAGAAUCAAAUGGAAUCGAAUAUUUACAGUUUUCUUUCCGAUGGAUGAAUAACUUGCUAAUGAGGGAAAUUCCUCUUCGUGCUACGAUUAGGCUGUGGGACACAUAUCUGAGCGAGCCUGAUGGAUUCUCGCAGUUCCAUAGCUAUGUCUGCGCAGCGUUUCUUCGAACAUGGUCGCGACAACUGCAGGCAGAACGUGAUUUCCAGGGGAUUAUGAUUCUACUCCAAAAUUUACCAACUCAGUGUUGGGGAGAUCGAGAAAUAUGCGAGUUGACAGCCGAUGCUUUCUCCUUAAUGUCCGUUUUCGAUGGUGCAAGGCGGCAUCUCUCUAGUCCUGCAGAUUUGUAA